AUGCCCAAGAAGGCGGUGGUGAUCUUGCGUUACGGGCCGUACAGCGCGGUGGGCCUGUCGGUGGAGCACCGCACCUACCGUCUGGAGGGCUUGCAAGCUGUGUUGGCCAAAGACGGCCAUCAGGUCAUCCUAGAGAAGAUAGAAGACUGGAACGUGGUGGAACUCGUGGUCAAUGAAGAAACAGUCUUCCGCUGCAACAUCCAAGACUUAGAGUUUGGAGGUGAUGGUAAACUAGAUCCGUUGUGUGAAGAAGCCAGGAUCGCUGUGCUAGAUGCUUUCUGAUCUCAUGGAGCAGAGAAAGGAACACCAGCUGUGCCGCCCAGUCUGUGAUGUCAGCAAAAGAGGAUUGUUAGGUACACAUACAACAGACUUUACCAGUUAGAAAUGGCAAUGCCACCUGUCCUUCAGCAGUCACCACUGGGGUUUCUCAUCUGGCUGCACAAGGGCUCUCAAAAAUAAUAAAACCACAUCACUGGCAUCAUUUCUCAAUCUCAACCCAUAGGGAGAGCCCUCCAAUAUCAGGUGCACAUUGAGCUGAAGGAAAUAAUAAAAUGCAAUCUAAUAACAAAGCAUCAUCCCUUCCUAAUAAAACACAGUUGCCAGAAGCAUUAGCGAUUCCAUUCUGAAGAAAGCCAAGAACUAGGAAUAGGUGAAAUUAAAGAAGGCCUGGGUGGGGGGCGGGGCUGAGGCCUUAGAAAGUCCAGGCCAAGUCUGAGUCAAUGCAGAAUUCAGAAACCUGGCCUGCUGCCACUACAGAUUUCUUUCUUGUUUCCACUGCGAUACAUUUUUUAAAUUGUCAAUAUAAAAUUAGGAGAAAUCAAAUCUUCAGUUGUCCUUACUGUAAACAAGAGAAACAUCUGCCUUCUUUUGCAUUAGCCAGUCCAACAGGAUAGUCUGAAAAACAGAGGAAACAAUCUUGAGUAGAAGCUAGAAGUAGCUCCCCUGGCCCUUUGGUGGAGAACACAGCCUCAUCUUAAAGGGCUUUAGCCACAGGCGGGGUAAAAGAAAAUCAGUCACUCUGAAAUAAUGCUUAUUUUACUUCCAAGUCCUCUGCUAUACUAUAUAUUCUUAACGAUAGAGGAAGGAAAGGAGAGAACCAGACACCAUCAACUAUUGUAAGAAAGCUUCACACCUUUAGAGAAAAGACCCCAAGGAAAUCUGUGGACGGUGCAAAAAGAAAGGAGAUUUCAUAGCCUCUAGGGAGCCCGCACCACCCAGAAAGCAGUGCUGCCCAUCAUUCCAGGCAGCCUCAGGUCCUCCUGCAUCCCCGAACGUCAAAGGCCAGUGGGGGCUCCAUAAAGCCACCUGCACAAGGGGUUUAUUGCAAGUGCUGAAUUAAAACCCUAGCCCAAGCUUCGUUUAUCAGAAUUGAUUCAGAGGUUAGGAAUCACUGAGAACUUCAGAACUAUUUAUCUCCUUACUAAGAAACCCGAGUUGAAUACAUUUUUCUUCCAAUGUCUGGUAUUGGUAUUCACAUUUCUUUAGUCCCUUUUAUCAA